AUGAGGAACCAUAUGGCAGCCGGGUGGUUUUACUCCCCUAGCCAAAUCAUCCGGUACUUUGCGACGCGAGUAUCAAGCCUGAGUCCACCAAAGAACAAGCUGAGAAACCCGUACGCCAUCCUGAGGGAAUUGACAUCCCAUCAAUGGCUCAUGUUUGCGGCUGGCUUUCUCGGGUGGACAUGGGAUGCAUUCGACUUUUUCACGGUGUCUAUGACAAUCACUGAAAUAUCCGAGGCGUUUGAUGUUUCGUAUUCGGACGUUUCAUGGGGUAUGACAGUAACACUUAUGCUGCGGUCGGUUGGGGCUAUCAUCUUCGGAGUCCUGGCGGAUAGAUAUGGACGCAAAUGGCCAAUGAUCAUCAACCUGUUCCUGUUCAUCAUACUCGAGCUGUGUUCUGGGUUUUGUCAGACACUUCCCCAGUUCUUAGGGGUGCGUGCUCUCUAUGGUAUCGCGAUGGGAGGGCUGUUCGGUCCAGCAGCAGCCACCGCUCUGGAAGACCUUCCAUAUGAAGCUCGCGGCUUACUCUCCGGACUGUUCGAAAUGGGCUAUGCAACAGGGUAUCUCCUUGCGGCGGCUUUCUAUCGCGCCCUUGUGCCGACAACAAGUCACGGUUGGAGAAGUCUGUUCUGGUUCGGCGCGGGCCCACCAGUGCUCAUCAUCGCGUUUCGUUGGUGCUUACCAGAGACAAACCACUUCCAAGUCAUGAAAGCAGAGCGCGAGGCACGAGCCAAUGCAGUGAGUGACGAUGGUACCCACCCGACGGGCUUGCGCGUGUUCCUCCGGGAUGCUGGACGGGCUCUUCGUGACAACUGGGUACUGUUCAUCUACCUGAUUGUGUUGAUGACAGGCUUCAACUCAUGUUCCCAUGGUAGCCAGGACUUCUAUCCGACCUUCCUGAAGGAUCAGGUCGGGAUGGAUGCGACUCAAACCACAGUCAUCACGGUUGUAGGCCAGAUCGGUGCUUUGAUCGGUGGCUGCACAAUUGGCUACAUCAGCACUUUCUUUGGCCGACGCCUGACCAUGCUUGUGUCAUGUGUUCUCGGAGGCGCCAUUAUCCCGGCGUACAUAUUGCCUCGAAACAUGUCGUUGGCCGCUUGUGCUUUCUUCGAGCAGUUUUUUGUUGGUGGCGUCUGGGGUCCGAUGCCAAUUCAUCUCCUCGAGCUCUCCCCGAUCGCACUCAGAACUCUAAUGGUUGGACUGACCUACCAGCUGGGUAACCUUGGAUCUUCCGCCUCGGCAACGAUCCAGUCUAUCAUUGGCGAGCGGUUUCCGUUACCGCCUGGGUUAAAUGGAAAGGCACGGUUCAACUAUGGCAAGGUUAUUGCCAUCUUCAUGGGCGCAGUCUGGGCAUUCAUGUUGUUUUUCCUCUUCUGGGGACCUGAGAUGUCGCAGGAGGAGCGAGACGAAGAGGCCGAGGCUGCUCUGCAUCUGGAGACAUUGCGCGCGCAAGGCGUGAGUUUGGCGGAGAUUGGACAGCACCAGUUCCGGAAACAAGGAGAUUCAAGCGAGCAUGAAGACAAGCCUCAGACAGAGCACAUUGCGUAG